AUGGCCCUGGCGCGUGCUCUGCUCGGCGGGCGACGAAGACCGAGCGCCGCAAGCAACGCAAAAACGUACCAUGGAGUAGAGCCGACAGCGUGUUUCGACACGGACUUCUCCACCUCGGACGUCACCGUGGAGGCCUUCUCCGAGACGAUUGCGGUGGUCUGCUGGAGCGCACAGGGCGACGGUGACUGCAGGACACUGACCCUCGCCGGCCCAGGCUCCCAGGACGACUUCGCCGUGGGCUCCAGGGAGCGCUUCUUCAGCGGGGAGUCCGAAGCUUUCCGGGGCCUGGCGCUGGUGCGGCUCACCGCGGCGCGCGGGCUGGUGUGCUGGGCGGACGGGGUGGGCGAGAACCGCGUGGAGUGCAGGUCGGUGGCCGUCGACGGGCCCGCCCUCGGCUACGGGGACGCGGGCGAGGUGACGGCCCUCCCCUCCCUGUACCUGACCGCGGACGCGCUUACCGAGGACGCCGCCCUCGUGUGUUAUUCGGCUAGCUCGGAGGGCAUCGCGACCGAUCUGGCAGGACUUCGAAGGCAGGGGCACCUGUAA